AUGCGCAUACUGAGUUGGAAUUGUCGAGGCUUGGGACGGUCUCAAGAUUCGACAAUUCCCCGUCUCAAGGAAAUACGUCAAAUAUAUUUCCCUGAGAUUAUGUUCUUGAUGGAAACUAAGCAAAAGAAAGAUAUGGUGGUUGAUUUACAAGUAAGUUUGGGUUAUGAUAGAUUAACAGUAGUGGAUCCAGUGGGUUUGUCUGGUUGUUUGGCUGUUUUGUGGAAGCGUGAAGUGUGUCUGGAGGUUAAAUAUGCUGACAAAAACAUCAUAGACUGCAGGAUAAGAUGCAGAGAUCACAAUUUUUAUGUAUCCUUUGUCUAUGGUGAACCAAGUCAGCAAGGAAAGAGGAAGGUUUGGGAGAGGUUAAUGCGUAUUGGUGCAGGAAGAAAAGAAAGUUGGAGUAUGGUUGGGGACUUUAAUGAUAUCCUGAAUAAUGGUGAGAAGAUAGGAGGUCCGAAGAGAGGAGAUGCAUCUUUCUUGGACUUCGCUGAGAUGCUUAAUGUGUGUGAAAUGAAGGAGCUAACAGGUUCAGGUGAUAGCUUUACAUGGGCUGGCGUGCGUUGCAAGAAAUACAUUCAGUGUAAACUGGACAGAUGUUUUGGUAAUAAACGAUGGAGACAUGAUUUCCCAUAUGCUACACAGACGUUCAUGGAGAGACUUGGAUCAGACCAUCGACUUGUGAUGGUUAAUUUACUCAGUGAGAAAGACAGGAGAAAGAAAAACUUCCGUUUUGAUACACGGAUGGUUGGACGAAACAGAGUGUAUGAAACGAUAGAUUGGUCGUGGAGGAAAGCAAGAUGUGAUCGGAAGUUACCUCUUCUGCAUAGUCUGGGUGAGGUGAGAAAGGCCCUUGGUAAAUGGAAGAGAGAAAACAACCUAAACUCCAAUGAGAAGAUGAGAAACUUGCGUCAUGAGCUUGAACUGGAAACUUCAUCUCUUGCGCCUUGCUGGGACCGUGUGCAUGAGCUUAAGGUUAAGAUCGGUAACACUUUCAAGGAGGAGGAAGACUUCUGGAUGCAGAGAAGUAGAGAUAAGUGGUUAGUGGUGGGAGAUAACAAUACAAGCUUCUUUCACGCUUCAGUGAAGGCAAAUAGGCAGAAAAAUCAGCUCACAAAACUUGUGGAUGAUUCUGGUGUAGAAGCUUCGUCGACUCCUGAAAUGGGAAAGAUUGCUACUGCUUACUUUGACAACCUAUUCUCAUCAUCUGGCUCGGCUGAUUUAGUCACUUUCUUUGCCAGUUUACCUUGCAAAGUAUCAGAAGAAAUGAAUUGUGCUUUAACUAAGGAAGUGAGUAAUGAAGAAAUCAGAGAUGCAGUUUUCUCGAUAAAGGCCUCGAGUGCGCCUAGGGAAGAUGGUGGGCAGAUUACAAAGGAGGUUAGAAGUUUCUUUCAAUCUGGUACCUUCCCGGUGGAGUGGAACCUUACACAACUAUGUCUAAUUCCAAAGAUUAUAAAUCCGACAAAGAUGGUUGACUUGAGACCCAUUGCUCUGUGUACGGUUCUGUACAAGAUUGUCUCUAAUGUAUUGGUGACUCGUCUCAAACCGCUUUUGGAACAUAUUGUUUCACCUACACAGUCUGCUUUUGUGCCUAAAAGACUUAUUACUGAUAACAUAAUCAUAGCGCAUGAGAUGGUUCAUGGUUUGCGUACACAUGAGAGGAUCUCAAGAGAACAUAUGGCAAUCAAAACCGAUAUGUCCAAGGCAUAUGAUCGCAUUGAAUGGGACUACUUGGAGGCUUUGUUAACAGCUCUGGGCUUCUGUAAUAAGUUCAAGAUGUGGAUAAUGUUUUGUGUGCGAUCUGUAUCUUAUACGGUCCUCAUCAAUGGUGAGUCAAGCGGGAAGGCGACUGAGGAGGAGUGUGAAGCUAUGUGCCGAAUCUUAAAGGCCUAUGAAAAGGUCUUUGGUCAGAUGAUAAGCUUUGCUAAGUCAGCAAUUACGUUUGGUAAGAAGGUGGCAGAGGCAACAAAACUAAGAAUCAAACAGAUUUCUGGUAUCAGUAAUGAGGGAGGAACAGGAAAGUACUUGGGUCUGCCGGAGUGUUUUAGCGGCUCGAAAGUGGAGAUGCUCCAAUAUAUUCAUGAGAAGAUGACCUCGCGUUUCAACAGUUGGUACUCUUUCUUCCUUUCGACGGGUGGGAAAGAAGUCUUACUAAAGUCUGUGGCUAUGGCAAUGCCGGUUUUUGCUAUGUCGGUUUUUAAACUCCCGAAAACGACCUGUCAAAACCUCACUAGCGCAAUGGCUAACUUCUGGUGGAAUGCGCAGGAAGGUAAAAACAAGUUGCAUUGGGUCUCAUGGGACAGAAUGUGCCUUGACAAACGGAACGGAGGUUUGGGUUUUAAAAAUAUUGAAAAGUUCAAUCAAUCCUUAUUGGCUAAACAGGGAUGGCGCCUGUUGAUGGACCCUGAAUCUUUGUGUGCUAGAGUGUUGAGGAGUCGUUAUUAUCCUGCUGGUGAGUUCCUUGCGGCAAGUAUAGGCGCUCGUCCCUCCUACGCCUGGAGAAGCAUUUUGUUUGGAAGAGAACUACUGGUGAAGGGGCUACGGAGGAACGUGGGUUCUGGUGAAAGUAUAAACGUGUGGCUGGAGAAGUGGCUGUUUGUUGCUGUGCCUGUAGCUCCGAUGAGAAAACAGAUUAUUUUUGAUUUGGAUUUGAGAGUCUGUGAUCUGAUUUGUCCACAAACCAAGACGUGGGACAGAGGGAAACUGGAGGAAGUGUUCUUUCCUAGUGAUAUCGAACUGGUUAUGAAGAUAAAGCCAACUUUUGGGCAGAAGGAUUCCUACGAGUGGGUACACAAUAGAUGGGGAGCGUACUCGGUGAAGUCUGGCUAUUGGCUAGCUUGCUCUUUGGAUCAGAGUGAAGUUAAGAAUUUGGCUCUGUGUAAACCAUCUUUGAAUGACGUACGUAGCAAGAUUUGGGAGGUUAAAACGGUGCCAAAAAUCAAAAUUUUCAUGUGGAAAGCUAUGUCUAAUGCUUUAGCUGUGUCUGAGGAGCUGCGAGGACGUGGUAUUAAAGUGGACCCGCGAUGUCAAAGUUGUGGAGAGGUAGGAGAAGAUAUCAAUCAUGUGUUGUUUACAUGUUCUAUGGCUCGUGUGGUCUGGGCUACUUCAGGAUUUCCUUUUCCUCCUAGAGGUUUCGAAAAUCAGAGCCUAUAUGAAAACUUUAAUUACCUGUUCAUGUGCGGUAAAAACAAGGAAGUGCCAAAGGAUUUGGUGGUUUGUUUCCCAUGGAUUCUCUGGAUGAUAUGGAAAAACAAAAACGCUUUCGUCUUUGAAGGGAAAGAAUAUGAUGUUGUGGUAACGGUAGCGAAGUGUUUUGAAGAGUCGAAGAGAUGGUUUACUGUGUGGGAAGAGGCAAAGAGGCUGGAGAAGGAUAGUAAUCAGAGAAUUCAUGAAGUGAAGAGGUGGAAGCCUCGGAAAAUGGAAGAGUUAAGUGUAAUGUGGGUGUCUCAUGGCUCAAAGAAUCUGGGCUGGCUGCUGAAAGCUUCAGAAGUUGUAGGUUCAGAAGUUGUAGGUUCGAUAAACCAACCAAAGGCUUGGCCAGCCUUUCGAGCCUAUGGUGAAGAGAUGCGGACGACUUUGCAGAAGGUACCUGAUUGGAAGGUAGCUCUGGUGACGAGGGCAGAGAACAAAGGUGCCUUUCUGAUAGCUCGGAGUGUAACAAAGGAGAAGAGGUUGCAGUCGUAUGUUGCUCGAGGAAGUCCAUCUUGGUUAAGGAACUUGCUUGGGAAUGAAGCAAGAGUUGCCUGA